AUGCAGCAAUUCUUCCGCAGAAGAUCGAGUUUCCAGUCUAUCUCUAGGAGUCUCAGAAGGUACCAUGCAGGUGCAAGGCUGCGUAUACCAUGGUACAGAACCGGAUGUGCGGUUUCUUUGCUUACAGGGGCAGUUAUGGUGUCUCUAAUGUUGAAUGGGACCAUUGAAAACGAUUCCAAGGGCAGGAGGAAAAUUAUAGUUAUUGAAGACGACGACGAAGACGAUGACGAGGAGGUACAAGAGACCGAUGAGGAGAGGGACGAACGAUUGGAGAGGGAGAGACUAGAAAGAGUGAGAAACAAGCCUCCGCUUUCACAGAUAUUCAACAUAUCCGAUUUUGAAUAUGUUGCCAAGCAGAUUCUUCCGACUGGAACUUGGGGGUAUUAUUCAACUGGUUCAGACGAUGAAUUUUCAAUAAGGGAAAACCACUAUGCAUUUGGACGAAUUUUUUUCAGGCCAAGAUGUUUGGUUGAUGUAUCUGAUGCUUCAACCGAAACCAAUGAGAUAUUUGGCGUCAAGGCCAGUGCACCCUUUUAUUCUACUGCCUUUGCCGGGUCUCCGAUGGCGCAUCCAGAUGCAGAGUAUAACAUUUUGAGGGCAUGCGGUAGGGAAAACAUUCCGUAUUUGAUUCCAUUCCAGUUGUCUUUCCCUUUGAAUGAGUUUAUGGAGAGUGCCUCGCCGGGACAUCAGAACUUCCAUCAGGUUCAUUUCUAUACUAGGAAACAGGUUGAGGAGGGCCCGGAAUAUUUGGGUAAGAUUGAAAAGGAGUAUCCAGACAUCAAGGCAUUUUUCAUUAAUGUAGACUUACCCUGCCUCGGUAACAGGGAAAAGGAUUGCAAAAUAAGAGCAGCAUUGGAUCCUUCCGUUGACGACGAGAUCUCUGUGUUUGCAUCGUUGGAUACCCGUUACGAACCUCUGACAUGGAAGGACAUUGAUAGACUAAAUAAAUCAACACAAAUACCAAUCGUUUUGAAAGGAGUAUUGAGCAAGGAAGAUGUCCUGGCAGCGGCGAAGUUAGGAUUAGGUGGUUGCCUGAUUUCCAACCACGGUGGCCGUCAAUUAGAUUUUGCCAUGCCACCCAUUGAAAUAUUGGCCCAGUCCCGAAAGCUAUUACGUGAAAAUGGUAUUCAGGACAAGGAUUUCAAGCUGUUUAUUGACGGUGGAAUUCGGCGUGGCUCAGACAUAAUCAAGGCAAUCUGUUUGGGUGCAGAUGCCGUUGGUUUGGGUAGACCGUUUCUUUAUGCCAUGGCAACGUACGGGCAACCUGGUAUUGAAAGAGCAAUUUCUAUUCUGAAGGAAGAAAUGUUGAGGGAUAUGAAGCUGCUAGGAGCUAGGAGGUUGUCUGAUUUAAACGAAGAGUUGGUCGAUAUCGAAUCCUUGAAAUUUAAAGGUAUCUCCUCGUCUGAUUAUUUGUACAAUUCAAACUAUACUCAAAUGCCCCCACCGCCUUUCAGGAAAAGAUUCUAG